AGCUUUGGACAGCGUUGUUUCUGAGACACGGAGUUUCUCUCCAUGUCCACAAUUACAAUUAUGGACAAGCACAAAGUGUUAGAGCAGCUGUUGGAGAAGCUGCAGUGUUUUCUGAAGGUCUUGGAUGGAGAGAACCUGAGCGGGAAUGCCACUGUACAGAAGAGCCUGCUUACUGACCUGCUGCAAACUUACAAAUCUUCAGAUGGUACACCAAAUCAGCACAACAUAUGUGGAGGUGAUGAGGAGUACAUCUAUAUGAACAAAGUUAUUGUUACUGGAAAGAACCAGGACAAAACAGACAAAGAUGCCAGAGCAGAUGCAGAGACCAAUGAAAACGUGGGAAAGCAUGUCAGCGCACCACAGAAGAGUCUUCCAGAGCUUCCAACACCCAGAACACCUAUGAUAGGGAGGGAACCAUUUCCUCUUUCACCAGCUCCAAUUCCAGCAUGUGUAGAUUCUCCAGAGAGUUACUAUGAAGAGGCUCAACCCUAUGAUCCAACCAUCAAUGAUGAUGGAGAAGCAGUGAGCAGCUCCUAUGAGUCCUAUGAUGAAGAGGAGGUAACAAAGGGCAAGUCCUCAGCACAGCACCAGUGGCCGUCCACAGAGGCCUCUAUUGAGCUAAUGAAGGAUGCACGGAUCUGUGCUUUCCUGUGGAGGAAAAAGUGGCUUGGCCAGUGGGCUAAACAGCUGUGUGUCAUUCGGGAUAAUCAUCUACUGUGCUACAAAAGCUCAAAGGACCAGACCCCUCUGCUGGACGUCAGUUUGGUGGGCUGCACUGUCACAUAUAAAGAGAAGCAGCCAAAGAAGAAGGAGCACAAGCUGAAAAUCAACCCCCAGGGUGGCGAGGCCAUCGUUCUGGGUCUUCAGAGCAAGAAACAGGCUGAACAGUGGCUGAAGGUCAUUCAGGAGAUUAGUCCCAAAUCUGCAGAAAGCUCUGACAUCACUGAUUCCCCAAGACUCAUCUGUACCAAGACUGAGCUUACUGAGAGGAACUCUUUGGAGAGCAGCAGCAGCACAGACAGCCAUACAGAGAACCUUGAGAAUAAAGAUGUUAAGAAGAAAUAUGGUUCUGGCCUGAAGCUAAGUAAUCUUAUGAACAUUGGAAAGAAGAUGAUUUCCUCUUUAGAGGGUUCAGAAAAGUGUGUGGAAACAUCAGGCUAUCUGAAUGUGUUUGUGAACAGUCAGUGGAGGACACGCUGGUGUCUGAUACAGAAAGGUCAGCUCUUGUUUUACCAUGACAAGGGAAAGUCUAAGGUGGCCCAACAACCUGUGUCUCUGGAAGGGUGUAUGGUACUUCCAGACCCCAGUCCUGAACAUCUAUACUCAUUUCGAAUACAGAUGGAUGGUGAGGAGCUGGCCAUCCUGGAGGCUAAGUCAUCUGCAGACAUGGGCCACUGGCUGGGGCUUUUACUGUCACAGACAGGAACCAAAACUGACCCAGCGGAACUCACCUACGACUAUGUUAACUCAGAAAGGAUAUCCAGUAUAGUCAAUGCAGCUAAGACCUCCAUGUACUUAAUGCAGAGGAGAUACUCUGAGCCAAAUAUGUACACGGAAAGCCUUCCGACAAACAAUCAUGGCUCUGAUGAUAUAUACGAUGUUGUAGCUUCCACAGAAAAUGAACAGGAGGAAGCUUGUGAUAUCUACUGUGGGCUGGUGCCGAACGUGGAGCCUGAUGAGAAAGACAGGGAAUAUCUGGACCUGAUCACUGUCCGCUCCUUCCUCCAUACAAAUGCUGGUCAAACUUCGCCCCGUACUCCACAGAGAGUUCCCAGUCCAAUCCCAACUCCUAAUAACGUGCAACACAAUUCUGGCAAGAAGGACGCAAUACCCGAGUAUGAAACCGUGUUACCAGCAACUACAGAGAGAUUUGUACCUCCAGCUGUCCCACCCAGAUUGGAUGUGGAUGCCUCACCCCCCAGUCCUCCUAUCCAGUCUCAACCACAGACUCAGCCCCACCAGGCCCAAGCACAGGAGGUCAUAUCGCCUGGUCAUAGAGGCCAAAACAGGAGCUCUACAUUAUCUUCUCUCAGUAUGCUCAACACACCCCACAGUCCUCCAGCCACCAGAGGUAGAGCUGCAAGCGCUGAGAGGUACCACGACAGAUACAAGCCGUUUAUGGCAGGAUGUCCGGGGUCAAUCGAAGUGAAGCUGGGAAAGAACCGGACAGAGGCUGAUGUUAGGCGGUUCACAGAUGAGAAAGAACGGCUGGAGAGAGAAAAGGACGAGGUUAAGACCACACUGGCUACACUGAGGAAGGAAAGACGUGAACUGAAGGAAGAGCUAAGCUCCUGCCAAGAUCCCUCUAAACAGGCUUCUCUGGAGGUGCAUCUUAAGCAGAAAGAGGAGGCGUGUCGGGAAGCAGAGCAUCGGCGGGUGGAGGUAGAGCUCAGGCUGGUGAAGGUAAAGGAGAAUCUGAGAAAGUCGGAGGCUGGACCCUUUACUCUGGGCACCACAGUGGACAGCAGUCUUCUGGACUAUCCUCUGCCCAAGACCAGCACUCCUGCCCUCUUAACAGCAGCACCCAUCACCAGCUGCGAAACAGCACCUGUUAACUCAGCCACAACGCUGAAGAACAGACCCCUGUCAGUCAUGGCACCCAGCAAAGGAAAUGUACUGCAAAAGGCCAAGGAGUGGGAAAAGAAAUCUACAACAUAGACUUGGGAAUGAAGAGAACAAGACAGAAAUGCCAGUCGGAUGUAUACAGAGCUUCUAGCCAGUUGUCAGCUGUAAGGUUGAUUUUGCCAAAGGCUUUUGGCCAGAUGAUUAAAAACUAUGAUGAUACUGCUUACUGCAGGCAGCUUAUUAGAGGCAGUGCUGCUGGUCCAACAAUCAAUGCUACUGGACACUGAUGAGUCAAUCUAUUUAAAUAUUUUUAUACAAAAAUGGAGGGAGGGAUUUGAAUACAUAUUUUAUAAUGAUUUAAGCACCUUUUUAAAGGUAUACUAUAUUACAGACAAGUAAUUUUAAAGAUCAAGAGAACUUUAAGGGUUUUUUAUCAUAGCAAGCUACAGUACAGUUCCUCAUAAGGUUAUCAAUGUGGUACAAUUUAGAUUGUAGCUUGAUUCAUGUAUGCUGGUAGCCUAGAUGUAAAUACAUUAAUAAAGAGCAGUUUGAAUUUAUUUGGCUACGCUGGCUAAACUAUGCACUUUUUUAUUCCAAUAAAAAAUCAAU